AUGAAACUGGCCCCAGCAAAGUCCACAUUCCUUUUUUUUUCUUUAUUUAAAAUGAAAUACAAGCAGUUGCAUAAUAAUAAAAAAUGUUUUAUACCAGCAGGUACUCUGUACCAAAACCUGUACUCUAUAGCAUGUUUAUAUGUUAUCUCCAGAAUCCUUCUACCAAGUCUACAUAGCUGUGGACUAGGCAGAAUUACCCUGGGGUUGAUCUUGGUUGGCUGUGGACAGGGGGGACAGCCUGGAAGGACAGGGGGGACAGAUGUGUCACUGGUCUUGUGUUUGAAAUCCUGUUGCUCACCUCCAAUAGCAGUGGCUAGAGAAAUGGCUAUCCUACACUUUCCUGAUUCCCAGAGAAACUCUGGAAUCCCCUACUGUCAGGGCCACCCUCAAAUUGUUGUCUUUGGGGUCAUUUCAAUAAAGAACAAAACAGAACAGCCAGGGUUUUAG